ACAAAAUUUUUCUUAUUUACUUUAUUAUUUACGGUUUCCAGUGUAAGUUAGAAUCUCCAUGGAAAAAUCCUUAAAGUCUAUACCUAAAAAUACGAAAAUUUCUCAACAAUUUGUUGAGAAAUAAUUGGAAAAUAAGAAAAGCGUGGCUUUUAACGUGUCAAUUGGCUUUGGUUUUGAAACCACUUACAAAUAAGAAGUGAAAUGUGUGAAGAAAACCUCUGAAUUCACCACUUUCGAAGCCGAGCGCCGCGUCAGCCGGGCCGAUGACAGUUUGCUGUGCGAAAGAGUGGUGAAAAUCCAACAAAAGGAGUUCUUUUGUCGGCCGACUUUGCCUGCUGAAAAAGCCGUCGAGAGCCCAAGAAGCGCCCCCAGAGCCAUGGCCAGCGAGUACGGAGCGUGUUUCGUGGUGCUGCAGCCGUUCGCCGAGGGCGGCGGCGUCCUGUACGGCCGCAAUUCCUACGCGGCGAGGAACGAAGUGACGGAAGUCCUCUACUUCCCGGCCUCCGGCGACUCGGCGCCGCGACAGGUGAGCAAAUGUGCGUCGGCGAAUUCCCGGCGAUGCGUGACGCUGUCGCUCUUGCUUUCGCAGUGCGCGUCCGUCGAGGUGGAGGGCGCCGCGGCGCUGCCCGUGAUCCUGAGCGGCCCGGCCGGCGCGGCGGCGGCCGACAGCGGCGCCAACGAGCGCGGAGUGGCGCUGGGGCUGUGCUACGCGGCCAACGAGGCGCCCGGCGGCCUGGCGGGCGUCGAGCUGGUCAGACUCGGACUGGAGCGCGGCGCCACGGCGGCGCAGGCCGUGGAGGCGAUCGGGGCGCUGGUGGAGAAGCACGGCCAGGAGGGCAAGGAUGCGCCGCGAAGCGCCUUCGUGGCGUGCGACGCCGGCGAGGCGUGGCUGCUGAGCGUCGUGGGAAAUCUCUGGGCCGCCGAGCGGCUGACUGAGGGAUUCCACGCGUGUCCGCGCGGCCUAAACGUGCGCACGCGCAUCGACAAGAGCUGCGCGGAUCUGCGCGACAAGGCGCAGAGUCUGGGCGUGUGGGACGGCAGCGGAGAUUUCAGCUUCGCCGCCGCCUUCGGCUGCUCCGCCGCGGCCGCCGCCUUCCCCGUCAACGCGCCGGCCGCCGAGGCGUCGUUCACGCUCACGCACAUGUUUCAAGUGCUGCGCGCCGACGAGCUGCAGCAGGACGCCGUCGUGAGUAGUCACGUGUCGGCGCUGGCGGCGCGCGGCGCGCCGUGCCACUGGUUCACGGCGACGCCGAAUGCGCGCGAGUCGGUGUUCAAGCCGUUCGUGUUCACGCGCGCGGCGCGCAUCUCGCCGCUCACGGUGCUGGACGCCGGCCGGAGCGACCAGACGCUGCUGUUCAAGUACCACCGCGGCCGCAACUGGGCGGCCGUGGGCAAUCUGCUGGCGUCGCUGGAGGAGACGUGCGUGGCGGAGGUGAAGGACGUGCUGGCGAGCGCGCACGACGCGGAGAAUCACGAGCUGGAGGACUUGAUGAAGGACUGCGUGGAGGCGGAAGUGAAGUUCUAUCGCUAAGCGCCGCCGCCGCCGCCGCUGUUUAUGAUAUUUUUUAACUUUGUGAUUGUAUUUCUCAUUCCAAAUGACUCUAUUUUGUACCCUUUUUUAUUUAUGAUUAUCAUCAGACUUUUGACUGUUUUCUCCCGCGCUUUUGCAAAAAGAAAAAUAUUGGCGAAAUUGUCACGCGAAGACAUAUUAUAAAGUAUUAUUAUACAACACGACAUUUAGGGCAUUAAAUUGCAUCUCAGAGAUUACGGCAAGAAUUCCUCGAAGGCACAAACUUGUGAAGGCUUUAAUUGAAUGUCUUCUGUGCGCAUGAGAUCAAAAAGCGCCUUCGCAUUAUCAAAUAUUAUAUUCACAGAGAGAAAGAGGAAAAGCUUCUAAGCUGGAAGAUGCGACAAGUAUAUAUUAUCUUAUCAUGGCAAAGAGAUGCACUUUGCGUCACGGCAACACUUUGUAAUCAAUUGCAAUGAGAUUAAUAAUAACAUGGCAAUGAUGUGCAUUGAAAA